CACACAUUGAAUUCCUCGUAGAGAGAGAGAGAGAGAGAGAGAGUAACAGAGUAACAGAGUAACAGCCACUUGAAAGCUGAAAGUCGUCGAGUACCGAAAAUAAUAAUUUUGUGAACUGUUGAGCUCAGUCGGGUGACUCCUCCUGGACUGCAAAAAGGGAUUUCACGUCGAGGUUAUAAGUAAAGUCAUAGGAAGUUUUUAAAUGCUUAUAUAAUCCGGCGGUGUUGACUCCAGAGGAAAGGACCCUAACCUAACUAUCUUUGUUGUGUCAGACACUGCUGCAUGGAAGCAGGUCAUCCUUUCCCACAACCUGAAUGAUGUCACGCUACGACAGCCCGCCCAUGUACAGCCCCCCUUACUCCCCGAGUGGAUAUGGACCCCCAGGGGAGCUCCUGGAGCCACGCUCCCUCCCUCCCGAUUCCUUCUACAUUCAGGAGAAGCCCCAAUACUUCUUCAAGUGGACCUCCCCACCAGGGAUCUUGAAGAUCCUGGAGGCCAUCAACCUGCUGCUGUGUUUGGGGAUAUUCGCCUGCGUGGCGUCCACCCUGGCCUGGGACAUGGGGUACGGCGGGGGCAUGGGCCUGGGGAUGGGCAUGGGGGGUUACGGGAUGGGGGGUUACGGGAUGGGCGGGUACGGGAUGGGGGGGUACGGGGGCUAUGGUAUGGGCUAUGGUGGGGGCUACGGUAUGGGCUAUGGCAGUUAUGGAGCCUACACCAGCCCCCAGGCCUCCAAGGGAUUCAUGAUCGCAAUGGCGGCCAUCACUUUCAUCGCGGCCCUGGCGAUCUUUGUCGUGAUCGUCUCCAAGUCACAGAGCUCCCGCAGCCGCAGGUUUUACCUGCUGGUGAUGGUGUUCAGCGGCCUGCUGGCGGGGCUGGAGCUGAUCGCCACCUUCGUCUUCAUCAUUGGAGUCAACCCCAUGGCCCAGAGCUCCACCUCCAUGUACUACAGCCAGGUGAUGAUGAUGUGCCAGUCCGUGUACAACUCAGGGACCGUUGUCAACCAGUACCUCUACCACUACUGUGUUGUGGAUCCCCAGGAGGCCGUGGCUAUGGUGGGUGGUUUCCUGGUGGCUUUCGCACAGGCUCUUAUCAUCUUCUUCGCCUACCAGACGCGCAGCAAGAUCUGGCGCUACGGCAAGCACAACAUCUACUGGGACAAGCCUCUAAGCGCAGACCCAGAGGAGGGGCGUAAUGUGGAGGACUGGGUUAACAAUGUGCAGGAUGGGAACAGCACUCACGCUGAGACAAUGGAGUACUCUGAGAAGCCAACCUCUCAGGUCAACAUGAUCAGCAACAGCAGCCCAGCUAAGGCAGGCAGCUACUUCAGCUCUGACACCUACACUGACCGCAGUUUCCCGGCCGCGACCCCCUUGGACCGCCCCCCAGAGUACACAGGACCGGUGGUCAGCUCCAGCCCCUCAGAGGAGGAGGGCGGGGGGGUGAGGCGCCCCGCAGCCAGGAGAGGAAAGAAGAAGCGACGCAGGAACCCCGAGCUGGACGAGUCCCAGUACGAGACGGAGUACACCACUGGAGCAGACACCUGCGACGAGCUGGACCAAGGGGAGUGGGAGAGCGUGUACCCCCCGAUCAGGACAGACCAGGAGAGGCAGGAGUACAAACGGGAAUUUGACUCGGACCUGAAGGUGUACAAGCAGCUGUGUGCUAAGAUGGACGACGUCAACGACCAGAUGAACCAGCUGAGCCGGCAACUUGACAGCUUGCAGGAGGACAGCCCCCAGUACCAGGGAGUGGCUGAGGAGUAUAACCGACUGAAGGACCUGAAACAGACCCCUGACUACCAAGCCAACAAGCUGCAAUGCAGGCAGCUAAGGAGCAAGCUGUUUCACAUCAAGAGCCUGGUGAACAGCUACGACAAACAGCGCCCCUAGUGGGCACUGGAGGAACCAGAGAGCCGCAGCUUCAAACCCACCUCUGC